AUAUGCAGUUAUAGCACUGUAGCGGACGACAGACGCGGAGUGGACCUAUAACUAGUAUAUCAGCAUUUCCUCAACAACAUUCGGUGUCCUCAGUGUUGUCAGGAUACAUUAUCACUGGAGGACACAGUGUCACCAUGAACCGUUCUUAUGAGAAGUGGCAGGAAGUGGGCCCCAGUGAUGCUCUGAUCAAUAUGUUUAGGGCCUACUCCACAGAUUCCACUGAGGCUGUGCAGUCCAACGUGAACCAACUACUCAGCAGAUUAAUGGAAUCAUCUAGAGGCACCACAACUAAUGAGGAAAACUUUGUGCAAGCAGAAAAGUGUUGUUUUGAAAGCAAAGUUUGGUUUUACAACAUACUGGAGAGCCUUCUGCGGGAGAAGGAUCGAAAACCUAGACUCAAGAAGUAUAUCUCAAGUUUCUUAGAAGACACCCCAUUUCAACGCAGUUUGGUGCUGUGCUGCUUAGAGAUCACCUUUCGCACCAACAAGAUAGCGUAUUAUUUCAACCCACGAUUACUUCACAUUUUCAAUUUGGCAGCAUACAACCUUUAUGAGGUUGUAGAUCUGGUGUUACAUGUUCGAGUUGACUUGACACUUGACGUGACCCAUCAUCUUCUCAAAGUUGUAGAGAUGACUGUUGAGAGGUUGGCUUGGACAAGUGAUUCUCCUCUCUGGGAGGAAAUUAGGGCAAAUGAGGGAAAACUACCCACCUGCCAGCAGGUUAUGUCCCCUAAAGAACUAGAAGACCCUAUGAGAAUGGAACAGCUGGACCAGGACUCAAUUCAAGCUGAACAAACUUCUGACCAGCAGAACCGGACCUUAAACAGACUGCAGAGAAACAUCCGUCUUUAUAUAUUUGCACGUAAGGUUUACAGGUUAAUGCAUAAACGACUGAGAACACUGUGCUCUGCACUGAACCUACAAGAUGAGAAGCGCCUGAAGAUCUGGACUUGUUUUGAGUACUCCCUGGUUCACCACUUUGACCUGCUCAGAGACCGUCACCUGGAGUGGCUGCUGCUGUGUGCCAUCCAUGGCGUGACCAAGAAUACAAAAGAUGAGCUCCCUUUCAAGCACAUAAUUCACUGCUACAAAAAUAAACAUGUGAACAAGAACACGCCAAUACAGAAAGUACACCCUGAACAAUCCCAAAAUAACAUCACCAGAGGCAGGUUUCCCACUCCAAACACCCCAUCAGUAGUCCGUGAUCAGGAGUAUGACAGCAUCACCUGCUUUUACAGCCAGGUCUACACACCUGCCAUGGGGCACUUUGUCAGAAAGUUAGCACCAACCUCUGGGGUUGAGACGCCACCUCUGUCUCCAUACCCCAUACAGCCCUCACCAUCGAAUCGCAAAUACAGAGUUAGCAACAAUUUAAACGUUUUUGUGUCACAAUUAAACAAACAAACUUCUUCACCACAACCUGCAGGAAUGUGCUAUGAUUUCCAGUCCAGCCCAUCACAGUGCCUUCGUGACAUCAAUGCCAUGGUCAAAUUGCACGGGCCUCCUGUCAAGCGAGGAAGAUUACAGCUUGAUUACAGUAGAUUACAGGAUGAAGAUGAUAUGGAUGGUGUCAGUGGCCCCUCGGCUAACAUGGCUCCCAUGAGCAGCCUGCAGAGGAGAAUCCUAGAGGUGGAGCGGGAUCGGAUGCAGAUAGAGAAUGACAAGGUCGAGCCAUCUUCAGAUCUCUAGAACAGCCUUUUAGCAUUUACUCUUUUAAACCAUAAGCAGUAUUUGGAUUUUUAUAAAUAUUCUCCUCCUGUGGUUAUUUAUUAGCAGUAAAGAUAUUUUUAAUUAAAUAUUUUAAUCAUAUUAUCACCACAAUUUGACAGUAAUUUAAUGCAUGUUAUAGGAUUUUUUACUUUUCAUGGUAAAUUAUGAUUAUAUGGUAUGAUUAAUAUAUAACAAAAUAAAGAUCAGCUGUAACUCUUCUAAUGGUUAAUUUGUCACAGAAAGCGACUGAAUAAAACAUUAAAUUUUUUGGCACUUUACAGUUUUUUGUUUAAAAAGUUUGUAAAAGCAGUUAUUUUCAUAUGGUCAAAUACAAUUUUUAACAAGUUGUUUCAUUUCCUUUUAUUCAUGACCAGCUAUGCAAUAAAUUAAUAAAAUCUAUUGUUUUCUCUG